GCACUCGCACACACACGCCCGCCCACACCCGCACCCGCCCCCCGCCCCCGCCAGCCCGCACGACUCCCCGCCCAACCCGACCCCCUCGCCGCCGGCGAACCCAGCCCCGCCGAAUCCCACGCCACGCCGCCUACCCCCGGCCCCCUCGCCGCCGGCCAUCCCAGCCCCGAUCCAUCCCUCGCCGUCGGUCAUCCCAGCCCCCACCCAUCCUUGAUGGAUCUGCCUCUCCUCAUCCUCGCCGGCGUCGAGUGAUGGUGGUGCUCGGGCGGCCCAAGAGCGGGCGCGGCGCGGGCAGGGAUCCGCCUCUCCUCAUCCUCACCGGCGGCGGCGCGAAGCGGAGAGAGAGAGAGGCGGAGAGAUGUCGAAGCGAACUGGUCCCCCGAAGCACCAGAAUAGCUACGCAUGGAAGCCCAACCUCGGCCGGAAAAUCAACGAGACCGAGCCUGGGGGCAGGUUCCGGCCUCUGUCGGAGAUCACCGGCGUCUGCCAGCACUGCCGGGACCAAAUCCAUCCGCCGUUGACACCGUAUUCUCCUCCCGGCGGGAUCCGGCCUCUACCACUAUGCACAGCCUUUCAUCGAUAUGGACUCGUGCUUCUCGGCCCCAUGGUGUCGUGCUGGACGAGUGCUCCACGGCCCCUCCUCCACGGUCUCGUAUAUUCGUAUGGGACGGACGAGGGCGAGCCCUGGGCAUGGUUGCUGCUGUUCUGGCUGCCUGCUCAACGUUGACGGCGGCGGCAAGAUCAGCAGGCUUGAGAUAAUCGCGCUGCUCCCCUCCCCUCCCGACACGAGGAUGAGAAUGGCGCCGUCGAGUUCAACGAGGUCACCCUCUCCUUCGCAGCUUCUCCUCUAACCUUGUCGCUGCCCUAUCUAUGCCGAUCACUUGCAGGUCGCCGAGGCCUUCCGCACAUUUGACCGAGACAGCAGGUCAACAGAGGAUACAUCUCAACUGACCAGCUCGUGCGCUCCAUGGUGCCAUUACAAGUGGCUGGAGGGAUGGUGUAUGCUCACAAGGUUUCUGUAGGCCAAGUUGUUUCAUCCAGACAAGAAUCCCACGAAUCUUAACGUGAUGUGGGAAUUUCAGGUCAUCUUCAGGGCUACCGCCUUGAUCCGCACGUGGUCCUUACUCACUCCUGUGGAAACCAGGCAGCCUUUGGUUACUGGGUGUGUCCGAUGGGAGAUGGUAGCUCAUGUUAUCUUUAACCGAUAUGGAUGGCGGCAUGCUAAUAGGAUUGGACCUUAGUCCAGUUUAUCCGAGGGAUAUAGUCGGUUUUUGGGCGGUCUGAUCGCCGUGUAAAUCUUUUUUCUUGUUUUCUGAAUGCUCGGACUACUUUGUAUUUUUUCAGACUACUUCGUUCGUAAUAAAAUGGCUGUAUGCAUCAUUCAAUGCAGAGGCCGGGGCAACGCCUCCUUUUCGAAAAAAA